CUGUCAGGAAAGAUGGACUUGGGGAAAGGCAAGCUCCUCAGAACUGGUCUGAACGCCCUCUACCAGGCGAUACAUCCCAUCCAUGGCAUUGCCUGGACUGACGGGAAGCAGGUGGUCCUGACAGCCCUUCAGCUCCAGAACAAGGAGCCCACGUUUGGCGAUUCGAGAAUCAUCGGGCAAUUUGAGCAUGUUUACGGACUGUCCUGGGGCCCCACGGGGUUGGAGGGCACCCCGACUCUGCUGGCAAUACAGCACAAGAAACACGUUACCGUGUGGCAGGUGUGCUCAAGCCCAUUAGAGAGAGGCAAGCUUCUCGUGUCCCAGACGUGCGAGAUCGGGGAGCCCUUCUCUGUGCUCCCUCAGGGCUGCGUGUGGCACCCCAAGAAGGCCAUCCUCACCGUGCUCACCAGCCACGAAGUCUCCGUGCUCCCCUCAGUGCACUGCGACAGCACCAGGGUGAAGGCCGACCUGGUCAAAUUCCAGGGUUUUGUGCAUUGCGGAUGCUGGACCCAUGACGGCCAGAGGCUGGUGGUGGCCAUGGGCAGCGCCUUGCAUUCUUUCACGUGGGACGACUCCCAGAAAUCUCUGCAGCCGUGCACUUUCUGCCCUGUGUUUGACUUGGGCAAAAACAUCUGCUCUGUGCUGGCCACUGUGGAUAUGCAGGUUGCCGUGGCCACCGAGCUCCCGCUGGACAAGAUUUGUAACCUCAACUUGAUGGAGGCCUUUGAUAUACCAACAAUGGAGGAGACACAGCCCUCCACCACCCCUUCAUCACCAGUCAUUACAGAGGAGGCCUUGAUAGACACCGGAAAAGUGUCCCCUGACUCAGAACCAUCUUCCUCAUCAGCUUCCCUCUCAUCUUCCUCCCUAGAUUCUUUGGAUCUGACUCAGACGCUCCCUGGGAACUAUCGAUCGGACCCAGGUUCACUUUUCCACCUGAAAGAGAAGGAAUACUUGGCUCGGGCUGGUCAGGAGUCAUCCCAUUUGGUCCUGGUGACUCUUGAUAGAAUGGUCACCACCACCUGGAAAGUGGGCAUCCCGGGCAUUCUGGUGCCAGACCUCCUAGCUUUUGACCCCAAGUCCCAGGUGUUGGCUGUCGCCUCCAACACUUGCCCCACCAUUCUGGUUUACUCCUUGACCCCCACCUUGGCACCAGGUGUUCAGUGUAUCCGGCUAGAGAACUGUGAGAGGCCCAAGGGCAUCUGCUUCUUGUCAGACAAAAUGCUUCUGAUUUUGGUCGGGAAACAGAAGUUCACAGAUCCCACCUUCCUGCCUUCCUCCAAGUCUGACAGGUAUACUAUUCGUUUGAUGGUCAAAGAAGUCAACUUUGGGGACGAGCCCUCUAUCAAGUUUGUCUGGAGCCAGCAGGAUUUCUACAAUGACAGCCCGGCACUGAGCAUGACCAAUCAGAAGAAGCCAGGGGAAAGCCUUUGCCUCAACACCGGCCCCCAGAAGAAGGACCUCCUGAUGCCUGGAAGGAUCCAGUCACUGCCUCAGGGGAAGUCCCUGAUCGAGGACAUCACAGGAGUUUCAGGGAGACAGAGCCCCAGACCCAACACCACACAGCUCAGCAAGCCCAAGUUGACUCCCAAUGUUUCUGUCUCUGUGGAAGGGCUGGAGGGUAUGCCAGCUGCCUUCAGCCCUAAUGCCAGGCCAAGCUUACCGAUGACCCAAUGCAGUCCAAUUUGUGAGCCCCUGAAUCUCCCUCAAGGCAAAGGACCCAGGAAUGAAGAGGAAGAGAGUCGACUGUGUGAGACACUGGAGAGGUUGUCUGGGAGCUUAUUGGACCUCCAGAAAUGCCUCUCAGAGCUCAUAGACCUUCUGCAUGGGAAGAAGCAGCCGCUGCCCCUAACCCGUUACCCACUCUCUCAAGACCCAUCUUUUCUUCUCAUCACAUACCAGAAGCCGUCCCCAGCAGGGGCUGUGAUGGACAAGCGAGCGGUCCUUCUCUGUGAUGGCAAGGUGCGCCUCCAACAAGUCCAACAGGUGUUUGGCCUCUCUCUGGUGGAGAUGCAGUAUGGUUCCCUCUGGAUCCUCCUCUCUGCUGAUGGUGAAGGCUUCGUCCCACUCACAUUCUCAGCCACUCAGGAGGUCACCAUCCGCGAUGGCAGCGGUGGUGGCAUGCUGGCCUCCCCCACCCAGUGAGUCAGUGUCCAUCCCCUGGGCGGGCAUCAGCACCUGAGCGAUAGCCGCCACCCUGCGAGGCCAUUCUCAAGUCAAGACUCCUGGAACUCUUGGAGACAGGUGUACCUGAAAGGGAUGAGUGGUCAC